AGUACUCCAAUUGGAACAGGAAGGGGGCGGGCAUUGGGUUCGAAUCCGGGCGGGAGCGGGAGGUCGGGCACUGCGGGGGGAGAAGAAGAAGAUGGCAGUGCGGAGGUGCAUCCAGCGGCUGUUCCAGGAACCUCAGGUUGACGGCGCCAUCACCUUCGAGCGACCGGGCCCUGCUCUGCAGAGCUGGGGCCGCCCAUCGCGGGAGGACGCGGGCAUGCCGCGCGGCGGGGAGCUGCAGCGGGAGCCGAACAGCCCCGGCGGCGGGACGCUGCUGCCCCGAGGGCUCCGGCUGGAGGAGUGCGCCCUGUUCCACUGCAGGGGCUGCCGCGCGGUGCUGGGCGACUCGCUGCACCUCUGCGCCCAGGAGGACCGUUGCCUGCGGGUCCUCGUCUGCUUCAAAGUCACAAAUGAUGUUGUUUUGGACGAUUCUUUAAUGGUCGGUAUUGAAGGAGCCCUUCUAGGAUGCGCUUACUAUGCAUUGUAUUGUCGUUCGUGUGGAUUAAUGGUGGGCUUCAGCCUCUAUUCUGCCUUUGCUGCCCUGGUUCAUCUGCGAGGCCUCUUUUGUCUUUUCAAGGACAGCAUCCUCUGUUAUCUCUUAAAAACUAAAGCCAUAAUAGAGGCCUCUGAGAUGAACUUUCCUGCAUUGAGCCUAAAGGAACAUCUGGGAAAACUGAAAGAACAACUUGUGGGGGUCCACGUGCGUCUAGAGUUACUGAUUAAGAGGCUGGAAGAACUGAACCAACAGAUUAACGUGGCUGACAAGCAGGGCUAUGCAUCAAGGACAAUUGGCCUAAAGCCAGGAUUUGCAGGAAUCAAGUCAAACCAUUAAUAUGCCAUCAUAGAAUAUGGAGCCAUUUGUGUAUAAUUGCAGGUUUCUUCAUUGUGGUGAACAAAGCGGUUUGAAAUCACCACCACCCUGAAAAAUGUCAGAGAAAGCUAAUUUGCUACUUUGUAUAUGUGUGAAAAGCGUUUGCUGAAAUAUAGCUCAGACUGGUGAAGUGGACUGGAUUUUUGAGAAGCAAGAAACUAUUUCCUCCUUCUGCGACUUCAAAACAAAUACCUCAUCCUUGCAGAACUUCCAUUCUUGGAGGUGUAAUACAGCUUGUACUGUGGUUCUUCCUGAGCAAUGUAUGGUUUAAAAACCAGCUGUUGGAAACUAAGAUUUUAAGUUCCUGAGUGAUUCUAAAUAUGCUACCAUGUGAUAUUAUUCAAGAUCAGCCAUUAUACAAUGUUUUUAGUGGGGGCUGAAACCCUGAUAUCAUCUCUUCAUGUAGAGGAAAUGUUCACAGGAGCUAGGCCUUGAUCCAGAUGUCUUCCUGUUGAGUCUUGAAUUGGUUCUUUCUCUUGUUGUGGAUUUAAUUUAUUUAUUUAUUUAUUUAGUAAGUAUGUGUGGGUAUAUGAGGGAGAGAGUGAGAGGGCUCUUCUUCCUCCCUGGCUGUGGGGGUAGAAGCUCUUAUUUCUCUCUAUACCUGGGAAGAUGAAAGGAGCUGCCCUUUUCACUCCCCCUCCACAGAAGGCAUACUUAUGUUUUAAAGCCUCCAAUACGUUUGGAAAUUAUGCCUGAAAUUCUGUAUCAGGCAUAGAGGGGAAAGUACUUACGUGCUCAUUUUAAUUCCAUUGAUAAGUGAUUUUUUUUCCCCUCCGCGCCGAGCAAAGGACUACAAGCAGUAUUGGUUCUGGCCUGAGUUGCUGAUCUCAGCAAUCCUAGUACCUCAUGCUUUUUCAGUUAGUGAUUGGUUUGAUUUUUCUCAAAAGUGAGCUAUGUAGGGAAAAUGCAAACUUCUAAAUGAGAGAAGGGAGUCUGGGACUGCUGGAAAAUAGCCCACUCCAUGAUACUAGAAUGGUCUGGAUCAGCACCUAUUACAUAAUAAAUCAUGUGGAGUUUUUUGGUUACUGAUCAUAGGAAGUCUUUUGAAGUAUCCAUUCUGGUUAGGCCAAAUACUUGGCAAUAACCUAGAAUAGCAACAGCUGUGUUUUGAGGUACUCAGACUGAAAUAGGAGAACUUAAUAUCUCCUAAACUAGUGCUACAUUCAAAUCUUGUAAAUUACUUACUACAUUUUUAAGAUGUAAAAUUGUGUAUGCUCCACAACCAUCACAGGAGCUGAUACUCCAAUAUAUCAUAGUAUUUUUCAAUAGUAACAGAAUUCGUAACUAGAGGUGAAGUCAAAAACUAGGUGUGUGAUGUAAACAUGAGAUUUUUGUAUAUGUAUUUUGCAUGUCAACCUAUUUGUUUGAGACAAGAUAGGUGCAAUAAUAUCUUUUAUUGGACCAACUUCUGCUGGUGGAAGGUACAAGCUUUCAAGCUACACUAAGCUCUUCUUCAGCUCAGUGUUGCUUAAAAGCUUGUACUUUUAACCAGCAGAAGUUUGUCUAAUAAUUUCCUGACCUACCUUGUCUGCCUCUUAUCCAGGGACCAACACAGCUACAAUAUGCAGACAACCUAUUUGUUCAUACUAGCAGAUUUUAAUUUUAUUUCCUCUUCUAUAAGAGCUGUAGUCAGAGCCUCUCAGAGCAAAUUGCUCUUUUAAAUAGCAAAUACUUCAGAAGUCCUUAUUACAAAAGGUCCAAAGUUACUGUAUACUACUUCACUAGUGUAAGAAUAAGGGAAUUUCUUGGCCAUUGUUCAAGAAGUGAUGACCACCAAAAUCUAUUUUAUGGUCUAGGCUAUACUACCAGCAAUAUAUAGUUGAUGUUAAUAGACUUGUCCAAAGAUCAAGGGUAGAGUAUGAUCUUAAUAUUGUAACUUCAUUUUUCAGUUAUUUGUUCAGCCUCUUAACUGUUGCAUUCAGCGUUAAUCUUGAAAAAAUGCUUAACCGUGGGACUAAUUCUCUUCUCCCCCCCCCCCCAAUUUUCCCUCCCUUUUUGUCUCUUGUCCCCUCUAUCUCUGCAGUAACUCCAGUUAGCUCCCCUGGGCUUUAGUCCUACCUCCUGUCUGCUAAGAUUAAAUAAAUAAUGUUUGUAAAAA